ACCAAAAGACGAGGAAUUUCUCAUAACAUGAUUAGCAAGCUGCCUGUGUCCCAUUUGAGUUUGGUGGGGGACUCAACAGAUUAUCAGAAUGUCGACCUCGUCUCUACUGAUACUCUAUGGGAGCCAGACUGGGACUUCUCAGGACACAGCAGAACGGAUUGGUCGACAGGCGCUCAGAAGGCGGAUGCUAGUCAGAGUGGAAGCUCUCGACAGUUACAGUGUGUGUAACCUCAUCUCUGAGUCUCUGGUUGUCUUUGUGUGUGCUACUUCUGGCGAAGGUGAUCCUCCAGACAAUAUGAAGAAUUUCUGGCGGUUCCUGUUUAGGAAAUCACUUCCGGCUGGUUCUCUAUGUCGCCUUGACUGUGCUGUGCUGGGUCUGGGAGACUCAUCCUAUUCCAAGUUCAACUUUGUAGCUAAGAAGCUUUAUAAGCGACUUUUGCAGCUGGGGGCCAAUGUGUUACUGCCUGUGGGGUUGGCGGAUGACCAACAUGAUUUGGGUGCAAACGGCGUGAUCGACCCCUGGCUCAUAUCAUUCUGGGAGAAGGUUCUUGCCUUUUAUCCUCUUCCCACCGGUACCAGACAGCUCAGCGACAGCGAGCCGCUCCCCCCAAGAUACGUUUUCCAUUUACUGGGUAAUGCUAUAGAGAAGGCCUCUGACAGGCUGAGGAUGCCAGAGAAUGAGACCACACCUUCUCAGUCCAACCCCUUCCCAGCUAGGAUGGUGUCUAAUCAGAGAGUGACCCACACCUCUCAUUUCCAAGAUGUCCGGCACAUCGAGUUUGACAUAACAGGCUCGAAUAUAGAGUUCACAGCUGGUGACGUGGUGAUGAUGCGUCCCUGUAAUGCCGUUGAGGAUGUAGAACAGUUUUGUCAGCUACUAAGACUGAACCCUGAUACCCAGUUUACACUUGUCUCAACAGACGACAGUUCAGCCCCAGUCCCAUCCCAGCUUCCCCAGCCCUGCACGGUGCGCUACCUUGUUGAGAACUUCCUGGACAUUUCCGCCGUGCCAAGACGCUCCUUCUUUGAGCAGCUGGCCACCUUUGCAACUAACGAGCUGGAGCUUGAGAAGCUGACUGAGUUUAGCUCCGCCCAGGGCCAGGAUGAACUACACGGCUACUGCAACAGGCCCCGGCGCACUGCUCUCGAGGUUUUAACAGACUUCCCUCACACUACUGCAGAGCUAAAGCCAGACUACCUACUGGACCUGUUCCCUGAGAUCCAGCCUCGCUCAUUCUCUAUCGCCUCUUCCCAAAAGUUGCAUCCCAAUGUAAUCCAGAUCCUACUUGCUGUGGUGUGCUACAAAACCAAGAUGCAGAAACCUCGCAGAGGACUUUGUUCCUCUUGGCUGGCCUCCCUGGAUCCCAUGUCAGGGGACGUAUAUGUGCCUCUGUGGGUGAAGAAGGGGAGUCUAAAGUUUCCUAAAGACCCUGCCUCUUCUGUGAUAAUGGUUGGUCCCGGGACAGGGGUGGCUCCCUUCAGGUCUGCUGUCCAGGAGAGGGCAGCCCAGUCUAGGACAGUUAAUGUGUUGUUUUUUGGCUGUCGGUCCGAGUACAAAGAUUUCUACUGUCGCUCUGAAUGGGAGGAGAUGGAAAGGGCCGGGCACCUCACUUUGUUCACUGCAUUUUCAAGAGACCAGGAGGACAAAAUUUAUGUACAACAUCGUGUCAAGGACCAGGCCAAACUUCUCUGGGAUCUGAUUGCCAAUAGGAAUGCCUACUUUUACAUUGCUGGCAAUGCCAAACAGAUGCCAUCAAGCGUAUGUGACGCAUUGAAGAUGGUCUUUCAGAGUGAGGGGGGUGUGUCCUCAGAGGAGGCUGAAGAGAUGCUGGUUGCCAUGGAAAAAGCAGGCCGUCUCCAGAGAGAAACCUGGUCCUAAUCUCCUGACCACUGGGUUCACAGAUUGGGGAUCCUAUCUACCUUAAUUGGCAAUCGUAGCAUUGUUGUAUGGCAAAACAACAUUGGUCUUGUGUGUGCUUACUGCGUUUAGCAAAUUAGGUUUUGCCAACCUUAAAAUGUUGACAAAGGGGAUUGUUUUGAAAGGCUGCGAAGAGUUGUGAUAUCCACUGUAUAUUGGAGUACUUUAACCAAGAGUAUUUUGAAUGUUUGAAAACUUUAUUUCAAGCAGAUAAAAGUUCAAAAGUAACUUCUUUAACUGCCAAACAACUGAAUUAUCUAUACCCCUCAUGGCCCACUUCUAUAACAUUUCCUAUACUUUAACCAGGUGUGAAAUUAUGGACUACCCAUAAAAUAGAUAACACUUUUGCUGAUUUUAAUCCUUUGCCGAUUUUGAUUGCUGAAAUGAAUAUUUCUCAUUAAUUAUGAGCAGCAUGGUUGAAAGGAUAUGAAUAUUAGGACAAAUGUUCUGCUUUGUAUAACGUGUAGGAAGACAUGACCAUGCUGUAUGUACAUUUGUGUAAAUAAUAGCCUAGUUCAUGAAAUUCAAUUAUGCAGUUAUUUAUUGUGCCAAUUAAAGCCUU